AUGCACAAAGAAUAUUUCAACACCAACGAUGGAUGCAAAAUCGCAUUUCAGUCUUCCUUACCACUGAAGGAAGUUGCAGGAGUUGCACCUGAGAAAUGUGUCCUGCUCAUGCACGGCUUCAGUGGCUCUAGCGAUUACUUCAUCCGCAACUUUACGUCCCUGAGCAAAUCACUCUGGGUUCUUGCCCCAGACAUGCGAGGACACGGGGACUCCAGUCAAACUCGUGGUGGUUAUCACGUUGCGCGCUUGGCGGCUGAUCUUUCAGGUCUUGUUGCUCAUAUACGCAAGACGGCAUCUGUCAGUAUUGUGCCUGUUGGAUGUUCGAUUGGCGCCGCCGUGCUCUGGACUUACGUGGAGCUCUUUGGGUGCAACGAUUUUGCGGGAUUUGUAUUUGUUGAUCAGGCACCUCUGCAAGAUCGUUCAGCGUUCGAUGGGUGGGACGAGACCAAGGCACAUACUGGAUGUUAUGACGAGAAGACCAUGCUUGCCGCACAAUACAACUGGAUCAAUAACCCUGAGAAGGCGCAUAUCGACCUAGCGAUAGGCUGCUUAGGAUAUCGAUAUGCCCCAAAGGAGGAAGACGGGAUUUCGGCUGAGCAACAAGCCAAGGAUGAAGCCUUCUUUACAAACAUCAGUGCAAAAUGCGACCAAACAUGGCUAGCACGACUACUGGCAGAUCAUACUCGCUUCGACCACCGAGAAGCCAUCGAAACAAUCACGGUUCCGGUGUUGGUUAUGGCCGGUCGACGAUCAAGCUGCUUUCCACUCGAAGGAAUGCUCGAGAGCGUGAGACGUGUAGAGAAGUCAAGACCAGGACUAGCAAGGUCAUCGGUGUUUGACUCUGGACAUUGGCUAUUUUACGAGGAACCAGAGAGAUUCAAUAAGGAGAUCACAGAAUUUAUUGACUCAUGCUAG